AUGGUGAACCAGCUGCCGUCGGUGCUCCACGAGUACUACCAGGCGAGUCCUGGGCCGUAUGUGAGCAGGGAGACGAGGAGUGACAGUUCGGGCAAUUCGUCUGACCAGGUUCAAGCUCAAGCUCAGGCACAGGCCCAGGCACAGGCCCAGGCUCAGUCGUUGCAACAACAGGCGCUUCAGAACCAUCAGAACCAUCAGAAUCAUCAAAAUCACCAGCCUCAGGGUCCGGGCCCGGCUUACUAUAUGGGUCUACCGAACCAGCCUGUGCCGACUAUCACUCAUACGCCUGCUCCACAACAACCGCCACAACAACCACAACACCGUGUGGCGGCUUCGCUCCCGAGAAAACGGUCGCUGACGGCGUGUGAUACUUGUAGACAGAAGAAGUCCAAGUGUGAUAACGUGAGGCCUCGCUGUGGAGCUUGUGUGCGUGCUGGAAACAUGAAUUGUCGCUAUAGAGCUGACUUUCCGGGCUCUGAUUACUCUCUGUAUGAUCCUGCGUCGCUUACGAUUCUUUCGAAGCUUGACGUGAUUCUAGGGCACGUCAAGGGGACCCAGGAACCGGUGCAGAAGGCGAAGAUCACGUAUUUUCAGCAUUGUCUUUGGGAUAUGUCGCUAAUGAGUAUGUUCCGCUGGAGAUCAGUGCAGAAGGUGCUUCGAACGUCGGAUUCUGACCAUGCUAACUGGACUCGUCGUCUUGUGGCCAAGUACGAUAUUGACGUUUACUUUGGGCUCCCGAGGAAGUUCCAGGACCGCUUUAACACUUGCAGGGCGUUGGAGGCGCUUUUGCAUAGCUCUAUUUCGGCAUUCACCAAUUCCUUCUUUCUAAAUGCCCAUACGAAGGUGCCCUGCUUGGAUAUCAUUACCUUGCUAGAGAGUAUCGAGAUUUAUACGCUCAUGCAGAAGGCUGACCCGGAAACAACGUUCAUUAGCAUGCUAGAAGAUUACUCUUCGCUCGCUCAAGGAGAGACCGUGCCUAGGUCUUAUAAAGAUGCACUUCUUACGCUUGGUCUUGAAGAUUCGGCCAUCAGAAGACGCGCUUUCAUUAAAUGCUGUGAAUCUGUGCCUCUAAUAUUGGUUGUAUGUGCUAUUGGCGUUCUAGCGUCUCCCAUCAAGCUUGAUAAUCACCAGCGGUUCGAUACUUCCACAGACGAAGCCAAAUCCUUGGAUAGUUGUGGUGCUGAUUUCUCACGGUGCAGCCCGCUUAUUCCUCGGGAUAGGAAGAAGUUGAGUCGCUGUUUUGUGGAUUAUGCCUUGAUCAUUUCGUCAGUCUUUCCGUUGAGCUUACAGAGGAACACACUCGUUUCAAUUGAGUACCACAUCAUGCUCAACCAAUACUACUUGUACACUAUGGAUCCAUUGAGUGCCCACAGAGCCAUUGUCACGGCCAGCACAGAUAUGAUGUAUUAUUUGGAGAAGGAAAACACGAGACAGCCUUCCAGUGAACAGCUCAAGUACCAUUUUGCCGAGAAGCGCUCCAUUGUUGACCGUCUUUUCUGGACUUGCUUGAAGCUCGAGUGUGAGCUUCGUGCCGAGUUGAGUCCCCACAUUCCUUUGUCAGGAAUCACCCAAAUGGUUCCACCUUCUCCCUUUCUCAAGAUUCCUGACCCGGUUCUGAAUGACGAACAUCUCGCGGACAGUGUAAGUCUUACGAACAAGUACGACGAUAAGAACUCUUGGUACUUUUUCUUGACUGAGGUGGCCGUGAGAAAGGUAGACAAUAAGUUGUAUGACGAGAUCUAUUCGGUUGAUGCUGUUAGGGAUAAUCUCUGGGACCUGGAUGAGUUUGUAGAGAAGGAUAUCUGGAAGCUUCAGAUCAAGUACCUCAAACAGUACGAUGCCAUUAUUGCCUCGCUUUCGCCUAGGAUUAGGAACUUUGUGCUUCUGGAAAUCGAUGUGGAUGAGAUUCACGCUAGCAUGAAGAGAAGGGCAAACAAGAAACGGAGCGCCCAGGAGGCGUUCGAGUCUGAUAUUCUCGACAACCUUGACGAGUUCUUCAUUGAUGAAGACUUGUUGCUCAAAGCACAAUCUGAGUCGAUCAUGUUCAUCAAGACAAGAUUUCUUGCGUCCAAGAUUGCAUUGUUCCGGCCAAUUAAUUACCUUAUUCUCGAGGACCGGAUUCCAUUCACCGAGAUAUUCGAGGCAGCAGCGUCUGUGCUUUCCCAAGUGAAGGCCGAGCAGGUGGAAAACGAAAUGGUGAUGAACCAUAGCCAUCUGCCGCUGCAUUCGAACUCCACAGUAUCCGUCAACAACGAUGCUUUGCAGCUUGACACGUCCAGCAGCUCAUCACAGUUUGCCAAUAACUUCAUGGACGGCGAGGUUGCGUACAUUGAGGCAAUCAAAGCACCACUUCAAAACCGAAGCGAUCUGAAAGAAGACAACUUCAACGAUAUCGUCGAAUACGAUAACCUGAAAGACGAAAGCAACGCCGACUUCAUCACCGUCAAGGACUACGUAGCAGCUCGCAGAAGAGUCCUCCAGUCGUUUGUCAAGAACCUCAUCACCAUUCCCAAAAGCAACAUUCCCAAAAUCGGGCUGCACCGGCACUCGGGACUGUGGUACUACGUCAGGCAGCUUAUCGUGGGCAACAUUUCCCUUUUCAUGCUCUACAAAAAAGUCCAGCAAGUCAUCAAAACGCUUGUCCAGAACAACGCCUUCCCUGGCGGUGACGAUGUCAUGGAAGCACUCAACCUUGUAUUCAGCAGAGAACUGAUCAAAGGUCUGUUGGAGUACACCAUGCUCAUGCUCAACUACUGGAAAGAAGAAAGCCAAGAUUGUGAAAUCUACAUCGAGCAAAUCCAGCUUUGUCUCGACAUGCUCUGA